AUGGCGAACGAAAUUGAAUUACUGCAGAAACAAAUCAGCGAAUUGCAAGACUUGGUCAAGAAGCAAAGUUUGAUCAUCUCGAAGACCGGGGAACGUGUUCUCGAGUUGCAAGUGGCCAAACAAAAGCAUGAUGUGACCGAUUUCGACUCGAAAUACUCCAAAUCCGUCUCAAAGAAGUCAGGGUCCGCCACUCAGUUUGACUCGACCGAUUUUGCCACAAACGAGGAUCUGGUGGAAUUGGUCAAGGAACUACAAGGUGAGCUGAAUUUCAUCGAGGAAAGGUCUAUCAGAAGACUCGUCAACUCCUUGAAAAAAGAGGACGACGAUGUUAUAGCGGCAUUGCCAAACGCCGACGGUGACAUUCCUGACGUUUCAAACGGAGUGUUCCCUAAGACGUUGAAAGAAUUCGAAAAUAUUUCAGAUUCUAUGUUGAUCAGACUGGCUAAAUUCUACGAAAGACUGCCACCAACCAUAAAGGAGCAGGAAGAUUUCGAAAAUUUUUUGGAAGGAAAAGUCGAGGCUUUCCAUAUCAAUGAGACCACCGACGAAGAGCUUUCAAAGGAACUGGAGAAGUUUUCCAAGGUCGAACUGGACGACGCAUUCAAUGACGUUGCCCGUUAUUUAGGUCUCUCUUUAAGAAGAGGGACAGACAUAUGGUGA